AUGAUCGUCAAUGAUUCCAUAUCACAGUUCCAGGAGCUGGCGAAGCAGUUCGAAGAUCAUUUCACCGCAUCAGCAAUCUACUUGCACGAUUCUGACUACUUGACAACCAUCAAACAGGGCCCGCAAGAAACCCUGAAGGAUUACAUCACGCGUUUCACAAAGGUCGCUAUGAGAAUUCCCGAUCUCCACCCAGAAGUCCAUCUCCAUGCCAUUAAAAGCGGCCUCCGCCUCGGUAAAUUUCAGGAGACUAUCGCCGUAACAAAGCCCAAAACUUUGGCCGAAUUUCGGGAGAAGGCUAAAGGUCAGAUUGACGUUGAAGAGCUCAGGCAAGCACGGAAGACAGAAAGAUCAUUCACAAGCAAAGAAGACGACAAAUCCCGAGAUAACAAGAAAACAUUCAAGCCGGUUCCUCGUUAUGACUCAUACACCCAGUUUAACACAAAGAGGGAUGAUAUCAUCAAGGAGAUACUCAACUCUAAGCUAAUAAGGCCUCCUCGAAAAGCUGGCAAUUAUCUGGAAUCAAAAGGCGUUGACAAAUCAAAAUAUUGCACUUUCCACCAGAAGUACAGACACACAACCGAUGAGUGCGUCAUUGCUAAAGAUCUCCUCGAACGACUAGCAAGACAAGGACAUCUUGACAAAUUUAUUACAGGACAUAUGCAGAAAACCACUAUCCCCGCUCCUGAUACAUCAGCAGCAGGCACAUCCUCGAAAGGAAAGGAGAAAGCUCCGGCCCAGCCUGGAGGAGUAAUAAAUUGCAUUUCAGGGGGUUACGCUGGAGGUGGACACACAAGCUCGGCCCGAAAACAAAUUUAUCGGGCCAUGUUAGCAGUAACGGAUGCUCCCAACAAUCCUCAGCCGACGACAAAUGUCCCAGAAGUGACCUUCAGAUCAGCCGACUUAAAUGGUGUUGACACCAACCUAGAUGACCCUGUUGUCAUCUCCAUUCAGUUAGGAUAUCUGAUAGUGCGAAAAGUUUUACUCGACCCAUGA